AGUUGCAGUAACUCAUGAACAAAAAGGGGCUAUGCCCUCUCGUUGAGUGCUCAGAAACAGUUGAAGUUGUCGAGCAGGACGCCACCGAUCCUGCUCAAGACGUGGCGCACGCAACACACAGUGGCUACCAUCCGAAGCGCCCUGAUGUCCAAGCCCAGCUUGGCACAGAGCUUUUUUCAACGCAGCGGAAACGCAAAGGAUCUCGGCUAAGUCUCACUAGCCUCCUUUCCUUGACAACCAAUCAAAAUAGGCAAAGUAAAGACAGACAACGCUCGGAGUGGUCUUAUGAAGAACCUUCUAAAGCAAUGUCCAGUAUAUCCAGCACCGAUCUUCGCUCAAAUGAAAGUACUAACCUUGGAACAAAUCGGAGGAAUCUCAGUAUUGACGUUAAUCUUUGUCAAGACGAUGAUACUGGUGGUCGUGGCGCAGUGCUCCCACUUAGUGAUAGCCGUAUGCAGGCGGCGGAGCGUGUGGAUAUGUCAAAUAAGAAAAAGCAAGUGCGAGGCAGCAAGAUACUUGAGUGUCCUCUCUGUUGUAUGCGGCAACCUUCCAGCAACUUUCCGCGACUAAUUUGCUGCCAACACAGAAGUUGUCGUUUGUGUCUAAUGCAGUAUGUCGAAAUGGAGAUAAUGGAGAAUCGUGUCGAAGUAUCUUGUCCAGAGUGCGCUGCACAUCUCCAUCCACUGGAUAUUAAAGCUCUGGCAGGCGGACGAACGGAUCUAAUAGAGAAGUAUGAGCAAUUCAGUGUGCGCCGAUAUCUCAUGACAGAGCCAGACGCACGUUGGUGUCCUGCUCCAGACUGCGGGUAUGCCGUCAUUGCGACAUCCUGUGCUGCAUGCCCUCAGCUAAAAUGUGAGAGAGCUUCUUGUGGAACACUCUUUUGUUAUCAUUGUAAAGGCGUCUGGCAUCCAAGUCAAACCUGCGAUGAAGCACGACGACAGCGAGGAGCACCAACACUCAGAAGUGCUCGUCGAAUAACCAGUUCAUCCCUUGAUAUUCAGCUUAAACCUGGUGAUAUCAAAGCUUGUCCUCGUUGUCAUACAUAUAUAGUCAAGAUGGAUGAUGGAUCCUGCAAUCACAUGGUCUGUGCUAUGUGUUCCGCCGAGUUCUGUUGGUUGUGUCUGAAGGAAAUAAGUGAUUUACACUAUCUAAGUCCGACCGGAUGCACCUUUUGGGGCAAGAAACCCUGGACUCGCAAAAAGAAGCUACUCUGGCAGUUAGGUACUCUGAUUGGUGCACCUGUAGGCAUAGCCAUAAUUGCUGGACUUUCGAUACCUGGGAUUAUUUUUGGCGUUCCAGUAUUUGUCGGGAGGAAAGUCCAUCAACGUCUCGCGCAUCACUCAAAUGCGCGUCGACGUCUCCUCACUGCUGCAUGUGUUGUGGGUUCAUUGUUUAUCAGCCCCGUGCUCGCUGUGAUGGCUGUGGGUGUUGGAGUACCGAUCAUGCUCGCAUAUGUUUAUGGAGUUGUUCCAUUAUCUCUCUGUCGUAAUGGAGGUUGCGGGAUUUCUGAACCAAAUACGCAAACAGACGCUUUGAACGAUGAAGAUCUUUGGACUCUAGCUUCUCAUCAGGACAAAUCUCAGUUGCUGAGUGAGAUGGACAGACCGGAUGGGUCCUCACUUGUCGCUGAACUUUCUUUGCAAAGUGGAAUAUCUGGCGGUAUUCAGCAUCACGUACGACUUGCUGUCAAUGACAUCCGCAGGCGAACAAGUGUAGACUCUGGUGUGAAUAGCCUUUGCGAAAGAAUCAACUAUGAGGAAGCUAGUACACGUGCCAUGGCGGGGUCCCAUUAUCACUACGAUGAUAAGAGUGUUCGUACAUUCUACUCAGGCCAUGAACAAAUAUCAUAUAGUGACGAAGCUGCUAGUACAAAGGCAUUAGCUGGCUCCGUAUUAGAUUCGAAAAGUCUUAGCGAAAGUACAGGAGCUCGCAUCCUUGCUUCACAUCAUGACCACGCUACAGAUGAUGUCCAGACGUAUACUUGUGCUACUCCAUCUACAUCUUCAACUGAACAUAAAUCAUAUGUGGAUGAAACCCCGACUCUGAGCGCCCAGCGCAGACGUUCUGAUCGAAUACGUGUUGUCGUUGCUUAUCCAAGAGCAGAGCUUGAUCCUUUCAAAAUACUACAUUGUGUGUGCAAUCGUUCGAAAAAAAUGGUAAAAAUCGCAUUGGGUGUUUCCAACAACGAUGCAAAGAAAAUCGAAACCUUGUUUUGUUUACACGAGGUGGAGUUUGUUACCGGGCGCCAAAAGACCACCAAUUCGCAACACGGGUCCCUUCCUCCGUUCGGUACUUCCGAUCACAAUAAGUUUUUGAAAAAGAAGGCUAGUGCUCUGGGAAGAUAUUUUGCCAGGGUGAACUGUGCACGAACAUUGUCCUUUCCCCUUUCAUUGAUAUUCCCAAUAUCUCUACAAUUUGCCAAGAUUUAUGACUGGUUUGAUAAAAAUCGUUAUCAUUGUAGUAGUGGCGUACCCCAGGAAACUAACCUAAAAGCCAAUGAGUCUUGUUCAAAUGUGGUGCUUGCGUUCUUCGCGCUGCCUCAGUUCGUCCUUCUAUCAUUUGGUGCUAUGCUUUCUGCUAAUUCCAUCCAGAACGAAAUGCACGUAUCGAUCGAAACAGCGCCGACAGCUCGGCGCCGGCGCAGCGCUGGCGUGGGUUCGGCACUCCGGCGGGAGCCACAGACAUGUGUAGAUGUGGAAAAAAGGAUAACCAUUGAUUCAUAUUUGUGCACUAUGUACCGCUCAGUGUCUGCGCGCGCAACUACUAAAUCUCUUUCCUCUUCAUCUACAGAAAACAAGGUUGGUACGCACGACGCAGCCGAAAAUUGCUAUAGUGCCUAG